UCUUCGACAUAAGAAAAUGAUUCUACAAGCUGAUGACAGAUUUUGGCUGGGAUUCUGCUUCGCGAUUCUCGCGAACGUCCUACUCGCGAUUACCUACACGGUGAAGAAGAGGGCUCUAACACCAAGGCAUUACGUGUCUCUGGACGAAGAAGGUGAGAAGCACAUACAUUACAAGGACGGGGUGUUCUGGGCGUACCUCAUUUUGCUGCUUAUAUCGGGGGUGGUCAAUUUCGUGGCGUAUUCCAUGGCCCCGGCGUUUCUCGUUGCCGCCACCGGAAUAGUCGGGAUGUUUCUCACAUCGGUUUCGUUUAAGUUGUACUUCGACGAAAAGUACAACCACGUUAGCGGGCUGGGAGUGUGCUUCGCAAUUUUGGGAUUGGCCAUUAUGGUGCUGAAUUAUCCAAGGGGAGAAGUUUCGAUGAAUAUUUUGGAUUUGGCUUCGCUAAUGUAUACCAGUGGAUUCGUUUACUACGUUCUUGUAGUUAUUCUUCUCUGGCUGAUAACGGCGGGUUUCAUUGUACCAUCAUGUCAAACCAAAAACGUUUCAGUGUACAUAAUAUUUACGCUGCUAGCAUACUCUUUCAUAGGCAGUGCCACGAUAAUCGCUUGCAAAUGUGCAGGUUACUCCAUAAAGUAUCUGAUCAUCUAUGAUGAAGCUGACCAGACAAAUGUUUUGUAUAUGCUUCUUUUCUUAGUAACAAUGUUAGUAGGACUUUGGAUUCAGGAGUACUACAUGGGAAAAUUUUCAGAAUCAUUCUCCUCUCCUGGCGCAUUGCAGGCGAUUUUCUUUAUUUUACGCACCGCUUUAGUAGCCGUCUUUUCCGAGUUUCUAUUUAAUGAAUGGUCUCAUGUACACGGUCUGAAGAUAGCUGGUGCAUCGCUAGGGUUUGUGUUAAUUUGCGUCAGUGCGUUGAUGCACCCUCUCUUUUCCGACCUUAGCUUUGAUGACACUAUCAUAGCUGAUAAAUUUCGACCCAAGUAAAGCUACCCUUAGUUUUAUUUUUAAGUACAUUAUAGCAGAAAUUUGAAUUGUUACAAUAA